AUGUCAAUCGAUAUCAAUUGGGAUACCAUUACAGGUGGCGCAGACGGAUCUGACCGCGCAGAGACAAUCCGCGCUUUCAUCCACGACAGAUUCCAGCAGGUGACGCUGCCGCGUUUUAUCCGCUCAGUUCAUGUCCACUCAUUCGAAUUUGGGAGCGUGCCGCCCGUGAUCGAGAUCAAGGACAUAUGUGAUCCGCUACCGGAUUUCUACGAAGAGGACGAAGACUGUUCAGACGAAGAGAAAGAUGGGAAUGAUGCUUCAGAGUUUGACGACGGACAACGCGAGACCAGCGAUCCUUCAAGUCACUUAUCCAAGGAGCGACCCGUGAGAGAAAUGGGAGGGAGACCAUCUCACGCGGAAGAGUAUAUGUCGAGUCAUUUGCGUUCUAUCUCUUCACAUGCCAACAAACCACCGCCAGGCUUUCGACCCUCACUAGCCCCCACGGAGCAGCUAGGGAACCCUCUCUUCCAAAAGGUUUCAACCCCAGGUAUUCCCGGUGGGACUUCCAACCUCAACUACUUCCAUCUUCCUCUGGGUUCUGGGCUUUCUGGAAGUGCGACACCUCUAGCCGCCGUUGCUGGCGCACAGCUACAAGGCUGGCUCGACAAUUCAUAUGCUUGGCCAUCAACACCCACUAAUAUGCGUCUUCGUCAUGCUACAUCUACAAACUCUUUGACGUCGACAACACAAUCAAAUCCGGAUCCCAGCUCUCGUCCGUCUUCCAAACACCAACAUGAUCACGAGAGGGAAAACGCCUUUGCGCAGUUGAACGACUCAUCCUCACAGCAUGGGUCUAAUGGCUCGCCAUCUGCGUCACAUCCCCGCAUAUUGGAUAAGAGCCCCGAGGACAUCCAAGUGGUGGCCCACGUGCAAUACUCCGGAGACGUGAAGAUGUCGUUGACAGCAGAAAUCUUGUUGGACUAUCCCAUGCAAAGUUUUGUUGGCAUUCCAUUGAAAUUGAACAUUACCGGUCUCACUUUUGACGGCGUUGCCAUCAUAGCAUACAUCAAGAAGCGGGCUCAUUUUUGUUUCUUGUCGCCUGAUGAUGCCGAUGCAUUGGUGGGCAAUGAGUCAUUUGGUUCUUGCUUGGAAGACACACAGGAGCAGCGAUUGAAGGUUGGAGGUUUGCUCGAACACAUCAAAGUGGAGAGCGAGAUUGGGGGGCAGGGCAGUGGGAAACAAGUGCUCAAGAAUGUAGGGAAAGUGGAGUCAUUCGUCCUGGAGCAGGUCAGGCGCAUUUUCGAGGACGAAUUUGUCUACCCAAGUUUCUGGACGUUCCUUGUUUGA